AUGGAUAAUCUUUAUCAAAGCCCACCUUACAACUACUUGCCUCCUGCCACCCAUGCUAAUGACUACCAUCAACAGCAGCCACAACAUCAUCAUCAACACCAUACCCCUCAGCCCAACAUGUAUCACGCGAGUCAUUCAUUUGAUAGACCAUUCAACGUAAUGCCUCCCAUGGUAGAUGAUCAUCAUGCGGAUUCCACAUUUGAUUAUUACCAUCACCCACACCACCCACACCAUCAUUAUCAUCAUCAACAUGCCUCUGCUGGCUCACAUCCAUUUCCAUCUUCAUCGCCCUAUGGCGGCUACAGCAGCAAUAACAAUGUGGUGAUUUCAUCUCCUAGACCCAAGAUUACUACCAAUGUUUGGGAAGAUGAGGGUACAAACUGCUUUCAGGUAGAUGCAAAGGGUAUUUGUGUUGCUCGUAGACAAGAUAAUGAUAUGAUUAAUGGCACAAAGUUACUCAAUGUCGUUGGUAUGUCACGAGGCAAGCGUGAUGGUAUUCUAAAAAAUGAAAAAGGCCGUGUUGUAGUCAAAGUAGGAGCAAUGCAUCUGAAAGGUGUUUGGAUCCCUUUUGAGAGAGCAAGAGAACUAGCUGCCAAAUUUAAAAUCUUGGAUGUCUUGUUCCCUUUAUUUGCAGAUGAACCUUCGAUUUACCUAUGUAGCCCCCCUAUUGGUGGAGCAGCACAACUUGAUUCAAAUGAAAUGAUGCCUUCCGCCAAUGUCAAUGUCAAUGCUGCUGUGGUUGCUGCUGCUGUCAACAAGUGUAACAUGGUAUCAUCCCCUUUGCCAGCGCUCAAUCGUUCCGAUGAGUACAACCACAGUGGUGGUGCUUCGCCAGCCGGUAUUCCUAAUUGGGAUAGACCUUCUUACAAUAGUGCCUCUUUCCCAUCUUCUCAUUACGAUGAUCAUCACCACCCUCAACAACAACAAACAGCCUUACACAGAGCAAGUUUACCUGAUUUGAGUUUGGCCAAUAAUAGCCCUGUUCCUAGAUCAAGUCACCUUCAACAUCCUUCAUAUCAUCAACAACGCCACCCCUUCCAGCAACAGGAGCACCGCCAAGAAGAGAAUGAUUUGUAUUUACUGAAUCAAAGUCAAGGCAAUAGUAGCAACAACAACAACAACAACAACAACAACAGCAAUCCUUAUGAUUACUAUCAUCGUCAAUUUAGUAACAACAAUCAUACCGAUAACAGAGGUAGCUUUAGUAGUGUAUCUAGUCACCACUCUCUACUCUAUCCAUCAUUACAACAGCAUCAUGAGGAUGAAGCAAGCAAAAACUCGUCUGUGACAACACCAACAUCUUAUACAUUUGAUUGCAACAAUGGUAGAUUCAAUAGCGACAAGAUGGCCUAUCCAUCUCUGGCUAAUAUUGGGUCUUCUCCUUUUACCAAAUCAGCAAGCUUACUUGCUUCUACUACUACAACUAAUACCACUAAUAACAGCAACAACAAUAAUAACAGCAGCACAGACAUGUCUCAUCCUCUGCCUCCCCCUCCUCCUGUUGCAAGAACCGGUAGUGCAGGUUCUACCACACCUUCGUCUUGGUUUUCUCCAGAAACUCCUACUGCUGUUGUGUUUCAACAAAAAGAGAAAGAAGAUGCCUUGAUCAGCAAGAAGAGAAAAUCAUCCCUUUCCAUUGAGCCAAGCGCAAUCAAGAGAAGACCAUCUAUAUUAUCUCCUACCUCACCUGGCAUUCGAGCAACACGAAGAGUUAAAGUUGAGCAUUCUACCAAAGAUUAA